GGUGUCCGUGUGUCGCCAACCCAAUCCAACUAAGCCCCUGCCUUUCAUCCACCAUUCAUGCGCCGGCAUUACACGCGACUCUGCUUCUGACAAUAAUGUCGCUCCCUUCUCCUCCCACCACCGCCUCCACCGAUCCACCACUCUCUCCGCUCUCCGCAUCCGCAUCGACCUCGCAACCACCUCGCCGUGCGAAAAGUCCGCCACUUGCAUUCGAGAAGACGCCAAACGACUCCCUUUACGCUCCGAUCUUCCCAAAUCGACGUCGCGAAAGUCCAUCCGGGUCGCCUGCCAACAUGGGUUUCGCCAGCCCUCCCACACCCGGCGAGCGCGACCUCCAGGUGAUCGUGGAUCGUCAGGCCAAUGCUUUUGAGAAGAUGUAUGAGGCAUUCCAAGCCGAAAGAGAUGUUUGGAAAUUGGAGAAACAGCGACUCCAUGGCAGGAUUGCGGCAUUGGAACAAUUGCUUAAGAGCAGUGAUCAUUGGAGCCCUGCGAAGUCGCCAAUCACCACGCCUGGUGGUGACAUAUCCUCUCCUCAAUCGCGCGCCUUACACGGCGGAAUCACAUUACCUACCAUCGCGGAAGACGAGAACAUACCUCCACUAGCGGAACGUCGUGAAUGCGCUCCGAAGUCAAUAGAACUCACACCACCUCCAGCACUGAGCAAGCGGACCAGUGCAGUGACCUACAAAGACGCCGAUGGGUUUCAAGUGGAGGAGAUUCCUGCCUCAGAGACACAUCAAUCGGGCCGUCUCUCACCACCACCGCCGAACAACCGCACUCAUGCUGGACACACACCAAUACGGAUACCUCGGAGACCCACGCCACCGCCGGCCGGCUUGUCUUUGGAUGAUGUGGAGGAUACACCAACGAGGACCAAUACACAUAUCAACACUCUACUGUCUCAGACGAAAGAGGAGGACGAAGACGUUGCGUUAAAGGGACCGCUGAACAUGCCUGAGCUACCACACCAGGCAGAUGGAUCGAACUUCACUUUGGAGAUGCUCUCCAAGAAAUUGGAGCAAAUAGUAAAGGACCCAGAAGGCCAAAGCAGUAGACCGAUGGUGUUCGCACAACCCAGUCCAGGCCUCGCAUCGCCUGCAAACGAGCCUGCCGAUCGAGAGAGUCAGACCAUCAGUCCGCGCUCGAAAUCGAAACUCGGUGAAACUCCUCUCGCGCCGGCUAGCACUCUCAUCGACCAGCCACCUACCACCACCGAAUCGCCAGCAACCAUCGCCUCACCCGACAAGGGAGGUGUCAUGUCUCCGCAAGAGAUUCACGAAGCCAAAAUCCACAACGACUUCGAACAAGGCGGAAUCCGAUUGAAGAAGAAAUCAAGCACGAACUUUGGCACGCCGUUUGGGACGAUUGGAGGGUUUCCGGGGAGGAAGACAUCGUAG